AUUGCAUCAUCUCUUGUAUAUAAAAAAAGCAUUUACAUACUGAGUUAUAAUACCUCACUUGAAGAAUGUUUAUCAAAGAAUAGUAAAAUUAAAUUAAUUUGCUUUUGUGUCCACAGGUUCCUACACUUCUUCAAAUCUCCCAGCAGUGAUCAACAGUAUUUAAUCUUGACAACUGCUCGCAAACACCUGGGUGCUGGUGGUAAUAAGAGAGUGUCUUACACUCUACCACCACUUGUGUUCCAGGCUUAUCAACUGGCUUUUAAAUAUCACACAGAGAGAGAAGAGGAUGAUAAGUGGAGCAAAAAAGUUCACAAGAUCUUCCAGUUUUGCCACCAGACCAUCACAGCACUUGUCAAGGCAGAGUAUGCAGAGCUGCCACUCAGACUUUUCUUGCAAGGGGCUCUUGCCAUUGACAACAUUGAAUUUGAAAACCACGAGACAGUUGCUUAUGAGUUUAUGUCUCAGGCAUUCUCCCUUUAUGAAGAUGAGAUCAGUGAUAGCAAAGCUCAGCUGGCAGCCAUGACACUGAUAAUGGGUACAUUCCAGCAGACAACAUGUUUCAGUGAAGAAAAUCACGAACCUUUAAGAACGCAGUGCGCUCUGGCAGCUUCUAAACUGCUGAAGAAGCCAGAUCAGGCACGGGGAGUCACAACAUGCUCACACCUCUUCUGGUCAGCGCGAUCACAGCACACCAACAAGGAAGAGCUGCGUGAUGAGAAACGUGUUCUAGAAUGCUUAAAGAAAGCUGUUCGCAUUGCUAACCAGUGUAUGGAUCCUUCUACACAGAUUCAACUUUUUGUUGAGCUCUUGAAUCACUACAUUUAUUUCUAUGAGAAAGGAAAUUCACAGGUAACUGUGACAAUGCUUAACCAGCUAACUAGCAAAGUGAAGGAAGAUCUUGCAAACUUGGAGACGACUGAAGAAACAGAUCAAAUUUCAAGGCACCUAACUAACACACUGACUCAUCUUCGACUCAGACUACAAGAGCCACCAAGUGAUGGACCUAGCUAUGAAGGUCUACAAGUGUAAGCUGCAAGUUGCCACUUCUUUGGAUUCCCCAAAGUUAUAUAUGUUCACUACUGUGUGUGCCACAUAACAAGCACUGUAGUCCAAAGUUUAGUAACAUGUAAAUAACAAUAGAUUCAUAAAACUAUAAUGCAUUCAAGAUAAAGCAUGAUUGUUGUCACAUCUCACUGGUUCAAGUAGCAUGUUGUUAUUAAGGUAAAGAUUUAUUUGCUAAACUUGUAGAUAUGAAUAUAUUAUUUUCUUGAAUACACUCACAACUGAUAUCUUCUAGACUAAGACACUAGAAUGGUAACUCAUCUAUAUCUGAGAUAUCUUCUAAGAUGAAGUUUUGAAACAGAUUCAUGCAUUUUCUUUGCCAAAAGACUGUUACUUUUUUUUUAAAGGAUUAUAUUUAGGUACUUUUAGUAAAAAAUAACACCGACAUUUAAAAAUUGUUAAUAUUUUUCUUCUAAAUUAUCUAAAUAAUUCAGACUACCAUUUUUGUAAUACUCACAACUGUUUAUGAUUUAAAGUUUGAACUCUAAGCCAUUAUAAUUUUUGUGAGAAGAAUUUUGAGAAAUAAUAAGUACUGUACUAAGAUUUAUAACUGCACUAUUGCUGUGUAAAAUAUUUUGAGCAAUAUAUUGUAUACCAAAAUUUAUUUUAAUACUGUUUCAAAUAUACUAACAGAAAUAUU